AUGAAAGAGAAGAACCAAAAUUUCUUUGAGCUCAACCUUGAAGGCGAUAAUUGCAUUAAAUAUGCAUUCUGGGCUGAUGCAAGAAGCAGGGCUGCAUUUGAUUAUUUCGGAGACGUGGUUUCAUUUGACAUCACCUAUAACACAAACAGGUACAAUUUGGUUUUAGGUUCUUUUGUGGGCGUGAAUCACCAUGGCCAGUCGACACUUCUUGGAUGCGCGCUGAUAAAAAAUGAGGACAUCCAAUCAUUCAAAUGGCUAUUUGAGUGUUGGCUACGUUGCAUGGGAGGGAAGGCACCAAAAGGUAUUCUUACUGAUCAAUGCGCAUCAAUUCAAAGGCACAUUAUAAAGAAGAUCCCAAGCAAAUUAAAUGGCUACAAGGGACACAACGAAAUUGAACAAGAGAUGAGCCAUGUUGUUUGGAACUCGUACACAAAAGAAGCAUUUGACAGAAACUGGAUCGAUCUUCUUAGAAAGUACGGCCUCGGAGGCAACAUGUGGCUUUCAGCGAUAGAGGCACAGUUUCCGCAUGUAUAUACCCAUGAGAAGUUCAGGAAAGUUCAAGCUCAAUUCAGAGGUAAAGUGAACUGUAUCACAAGAUCAAUGCAUUCCACCCUAGGUUUCACAACAUAUGAAGUCAUAGAGCAGGUUUUCAACUCCACAUUCAACAAGUUUGUCGUCACCUACGAUGCAGUAUCACGAGAUGUAAAGUGCCAUUGCUUGCUGUUUGAGUCUAGGGGCAUAUUGUGCCGUCAUUCCCUAAGCGUCCUAAGCUUUGAGCGAGUGGAUAACGUAGCACCGAAAUACAUAUUGGAAUGCUGGAGUAAGAACAUAAAGAGGAGGCAUACACGCAUCAAGAACAGCCAAGAUGAACCUCUACUGGAGCCAAGAAGUAAGAGAUUUGAGGAAUUAGUGUUUCAGUCACACAAUAUAUAUGAAUUUGCAUCCGAGUCUGAAGAGUUGAUUGGAAUUUUGCACCAAGCAUUUGACAAGGUCAUGGCGGAGAUUGAAGAAUAUCAAGAGAAAAGCAAAGGAAAAAGUUUAUUAACCCACGAAGAAGCGACAUUAAGCAAUGUGAAUGACCUUCAAAACCCACCACGUGUCAAAACAAGAGUUUUUCGAUUCGUCUAG